AUGGAGGAGACCAACCUCAGCUUCAAGAUCGUCCUCAUUGGCGACAGCGGCGUCGGUAAGUCGAACCUCAUGACGCGGUACACAACCAACGAGUUCAACCAGGAAACCCCGUCCACCAUCGGCGUAGAGUUUAUGACGAAGAGCGUCAAGAUUGAGAGCCGCGAUGCGAAGAUCCAGAUUUGGGACACGGCAGGUCAGGAGCGCUUCCGCGCCAUCUCGCGCUCCAUCUACCACGGCGCGAAGGGUGCCAUGCUCGUGUACGACAUCACGAACCAAACCUCCUUCGACUCGAUUCCAACGUGGCUGCAGGAGCUGCGCGUCUUUGUGCCGGCCACCUGCUGCAUCUUCUUGAUUGGCAACAAGUGCGAUUUGGAGCACCUGCGCGUUGUGAAGAAGGAAGUCGCGGAUCGCUUCGCUCGCGAAAACGGCCUGUCCUUCCUCGAAACGUCUGCGCUGGAGAGGACGAACGUAGACAAGGCCUUCGAGUGGCUCGCCAAGUCCGUCUACGAGGUCGUCGUCACCCCGCAGACCCGCGAGGCCGACCGCACGGCGCCGAAGCAAGGCAGGACGGUCAACAUGAACCCCAGCGAAAGCCAGGAAGCCAAGAAGAGCGGUGGCUGCUGCUAA